AUGCGCUUCGCAACAGUACAACUCUUCCUCGCCACCUUUGCGACGCUAUCUAGCGUUGUAAUUGCAGUAGGUGGUGGUAUCGAGGGGGGAAACGCCUCUGGUGGCCCUGUACCAAAGACGCGACUUGCAAAUGGUGCGCCCCAUUUGAGAUUCCGUUCUGUGGGUAAGUAAAUCUUACAUAUGAUUAGAAAAAGGAUAUGAUACUUUGUGACUAAUCUAAGAUGUUUUACAGCCCCGGUGGUUUUUGUAAUUGUAAACCCAAGUAGAUAA